AUGGCAACUGCGCCACAGAGCCCCGAAGAUACUCGCCUGUUGUCUGCGUCGGAGCUGCCAGUGGACUCAGUACUACACCAAAGACGCGCAGAUAGCCCUGAUAGAGAUAUUCGGCGGAUGGUCUCAUUCAGAUCUUCGAUUGGAUCUCUUGAGCUGAAAACGCCGACUGACCCUCCGAACCAGUAUAUGCCACAUCCUACACCAGAGAAGCACGGAUACGACAUGCCCUUUGAUAAGGGCCCAAUCCACCAUUCCCAGCCAUAUUCUUUCAGACUCAAGCUUGAUCAAAGCAUCUAUAGAUGGUGGUUAGCGGAGCUCCUCUGCUAUCUUGGCAGCUUGAUAUCUCUCAUCAUUAUCAUCGUCAUCCUGAGACGCUACGAUGGGCGUCCACAACCAAAUUGGCCGCAUAAUAUCACACUCAACUCCGUCAUAUCCUGGUUCACCACGCUAUUCAAAGCCAACUUGCUUGUUCCUAUUACUGCUUGUCUCAGCCAAGCAAGUUGGAUCCAUUUUCGUUCAAAGUCUCACGCUUUGACGGACAUGGUAGUUUACGAUGCCGCAAGCCGUGGACCGUUGGGCUCUUUGUUGCUGCUGUGGAGUUUUCGUGCUCAAUAUGUCGCUAGUAUAGGUGCCCUCAUUACAGUCUUAGCGCUUGGCAUCGAUCCAAUUAUUCAACAAACCAUAUCAAUCAAGACUCGUGAAGUCAAUGUUACGACGCCUGCACAUAUUGGUCGCGCGCAGAGCUUCCUAAGUUACGAUGAUUCUCCUUCCAAAGUCUUUGAUCCCUAUAACGGCGCUGAAGUAAUGACUUUACCUUUAUCCGACAUGCUGGGUGCCAUGUUUGCAGGCAUGUUUGCAGUCGGUCCUGACACCAACGGGUCAUUCUUUCAAGUAGACGCUGCAUGCUCAACAGGCAAUUGCACGUACCCAGCCUUUCAAACGCUUGCAGUAUGCUCCUCCUGCGAUGAUAUCACCAGCCAAUUGAGUCAUAAUUGCUCGUUGACAAGGCCGAAGGAUCCUACAGAUGAUGACUCCCAAGAUAAUGGAGGAACAGGAGAAGGAGAAGAAGAUGACUCAGACCCAAAUAACAGGAAGCAAAAAAGAGAAAGAAAUGGUGACGGCUCAAUGUCUGUACCUGAAGCGUACUGCUCGCAUGGAUUACCGAACGGUUUCAAAUUAAAUAAGACUUCCAACGACAGUGAACUAGGCGAGGUAGCUUCGAGUUGUGCUAGAAAGCCAGUUGGGAAUGUGAACUUGGGCCACACUAUCUUGAAUUUCACCAGGAUCUGGUCUGGAGGCCCUAGCAAUGGUCAAUCUCUGGUAGACAAUGUGACUGCUACGCAGUGCUUCCUUCAUUGGUGUGUGAACACAAUUGAAGCAUCGGUGCGCAAUGGGCAACUACUGGAGAUUCAACGGGACACAUGGCAUGAUAACACUACUCAAUGGUGGAAUGGGACUGCCGGAGGUCUUCAGAAUGAUCUUGGAGACGCGUUUUACGACUUUCAAAAUCAGUCAACAGCUCGCACCGACUUAAGGCCGCCUGCCAUGGAGCCUAAUACAAGUGCAUCGAGUUUUCCAGUCGCCUGGUUUGCUCACAGAGGCGUAUCUGACUGGUUGAGCCAGAAAAUGACUCUUUCCACAAGCUUGGCUGUCUAUAAUGGAGGAUUUAACCUUGAUGCCUCGAUUCCGAGAGACACCCCAAACAGGGAGAUGAUCAGGCUUCUUCGAGACGCAAAUAUGACCUUGACAUUCGCCAACAUAGCCAAGAGUAUGACUCGCAACAUCCGCAGCGCGUCCUCGGACCUUCAGAGGUCGGGCAUGAACGCGUCGAUUUGGGCGGUUCCUGAUAUCAGCCCUGCCGGAGGAACAGCGACUUCGGCGGAUGUUUAUGUUGCUGUGCGAUGGGGAUGGCUAUCAUUUCCCAUCGUACUUCUGCUACUGACAAUUAUAUUCUUUACAUUGACGGUUCUGGGUACAAUCAGGAAUAAGCUAGCUGUCUGGAAAUCUUCGCCGCUACCAUUGAUGUUCAAUCGACUUCAGGAGCCGGUGACUAACGAAGCGGAACCACUCAUGACUAACAAGGUUAGGGAGAUGGAGAAGGUAGCGAGUCAGAUGGACGUGAGGCUUCAAGAGAGUGAUGCGGGCUUGAGACUGGCUCGAUGGGAAUAA